CAUUGCUAAACAAAUAUAUAUAUAAAAUAUAUUAAAUAAAUUCCGUAUAAAAUAACGAAAAGUUUACCAGAGUUGAGAAUAUUGAUUUAAAGUGAAAGAGUUAACUGCUUAAUAAGCAAUUUUAAAAAAGUAAAUUUAAUUAAAAUGUAUCCAACUGCGAGCCAGGGUGGAGUGACAAAUGGCAAUAUUUGAGAAACUCUAUGACCAAAGGCUAAAACUUGAUGACACCCAAAGGAUAGAGUGCGUCAUAGAAACUGCUCAGGAAGUUAAUGGCCAUACGGAAUAUCUGUUGAGAUUUCAACGUGGACCUCGUAAAGAAAAUUGUUGGAAAAUAUUACAUCGUUACAAUGAUUUUGUUCAACUCCAUAAAUGUCUUUCCAUUGCCGAUAUCCAAGAGUUACAACUUCCAGGCAAACGUCUUAUCGGCAAUAUGCGCCCAGAUUUUAUAGCUCAGAGAAGACAAGCAUUGCAAAUUUAUAUAAAUACUGUUCUAAUGAAUCCCAUAUUAGCAUCAUCGCUUCCUGCAAAGCGAUUUGUUGAUCCAGACAGUUAUUCGCAAUCCUUUCAUGAUCAAGCAGUUCAAAAUGCAUCUCUUUGCUUACGUAGUGAUGGUACUUGGACAUUGGGAGCUACGCUUGGUCUAAUAGGUUGGCGAUUACGAAAACAUUUUUUUAAAGUAUCACCAAAACCGCCAGAUAAAAGUGCUAGUAAACUUGUUAAGAGUGGUUCCCAGUCUCAUCAAAGUAAACAUAUCGGUGCAGCUGGCAGUAAUGGAAGUGGAAGUUCGCUUGAUAGCGGUAUGCUUGAUCCGUCUGAAUUGGUGCUCGAAUGGCUAGAAUUUGGUCCCGAUAAAUAUAUAGAUGAUAAAGAGUUAGGUGGCAUAUUGAGAAGUCUCAUGGGAUUGCAUCAUCCCUACAUUGAACCCGUCGUUUAUGCAACACAUAACGAAAACGGUUGCUUAAUAAUACGAAAAUUUCAUAAACAUGGUACACUUAAAGACUUCUUAUGCAUGUCUACACCAAAAAAUCCAUUUUUACGCAAAUAUGGUAAUCCAAAAGGUAGAACAGCGCUUACAAUGAAGCAAGUAGCAAAUUAUGGUAGACAAAUUUUAGAAGUGCUAAUAUAUUUACAUUCUAAAGGUUAUCCUUAUGGUCAUUUACAUUCCGGAAAUAUAGUCAUAGUUGAUGAUUGUGUUAAGUUAUUGGAUGUUGAAAAUUAUAUUCUUGGUGUGCCAGCAUUUUAUCGUCCGUUUUUUGUACAGCAUAGCAAAAUUCACACGGUCGAACAAGUUGAUGUUUAUUGUUUUGGGCAUGUUUUGUUUGAAAUGGCCAUGGGGUAUCCACUACAAGAGUCAGUAGUGCGGCAAAUUAAUGAUUGUCCAGAAUCUUUAAAAAAUUUAUUGGAAACGAUUUUAUCUAAAGAAGCAUGUCGAUCUGGUCUGCCAACACUUGAGCAACUUAUAGGCCAUCAAUUUUUUGCACAGCAUGCGACAAGCUCAACUGAUACUUUUGCAGAUGCUAACAAGCCUCACUUCAAGUUAUCUUUAAAUGCCAAAGAAGCUCUUAAACAAGCUGCAUUGAAAUGUGAACAUCGCUUGCGUGAUGAGCAAAAAUCUGUGAAAAACCAAAAACGUAUAGUACGAGUACAAGAAUUGAUGAGUUCAGAGGAAGAAAAAAGGAAAUCAAAACAAAAAGCAAAAUUGGAACAUAAGCAGUCAAAGUUAAAGCAACAAAGCUCUUUGCAAACCAGUAAUGGUCGUUUGUCAUUAGCCUCAGCAAGCAUUUCCACAACAGGCACUAACGUUAACCCUUUUAAUCGUUCAGAUAGUGUGCUUAGUGUGAAUUUGCAACAUGAGGGUAUCUCUAAUCCAAUAUCUAGUGCAAAAUCUCCACCUGCAACGCCUACAAUGCACCAAUUGCAUCAACAUCAAAAGGAAAUACCUACAUUGGCAAGUGUGGAAAGACAAUCAUCGUCGCCAAAUAUACCAACUGAUGACAAUAGUGAACCAGCCCGUUCUGCUUUACUCGAAUCAAUUUGUAAAUUUAAUCGGGGUUCAUUGCGUAAAGUCCGCUCUAAUGACUGAAAAUACUUUAUUUGAAAUCUCAAUGAACGUUGAUGAAAAGUUGUGCCAGAAUCAACAAAACCCAUUAACAUUGAAACUUGGACCAAAAAAUACAAUGGUGACAUUAAAACUGCGCCAACAAUUUUUUUAAUAUUUAAAUACUUGUAAUUUGGUGUAAACUUAUUGCUCUGAACAUAAAUACAAAAAAAAAAUUUUUAAUAUUGAAAGGAUUGUAUAACAUGCAACUAAAUAUUAAAAAUCUCACUAAAAUACCUAUGUAUGCAAUCGUGAAAUCUUUUACAAGUUACACGUUUUGUAUUGAGCUCAUUUCUUAGACACUGAUAUACUAUAUAUAUAUAAAAUUAGCUUAGCUUAGCUAUGCACGAUCCACUCUAUCCUUUAUUAAUUGUCCUAUCUUAUGCACUUUACGACUGAUUAAGAACAGUUUACAAAACUUACACUAUCCCAAUAUAUAUUCUAAGUGUUGUCGUAUUGUUUUAUUUUUCUACAUCAACAUGUUAGUGUGUUUGUUUAGUCUUAAAGAAGCUUAAAAAAUUUUAAUAUUUAAAAAUUUUACUUAAUAAUU